AUGUCGUCCUUUUUCACAGCCCCUGGUGCGCAGAAGAAGCGCAAGCGUACUGAGCCUUCAGAACAGCCCAAGAAAAGAGUUGCUGCCUCAAAAUCCGCUGGAAAGGCACCUUCGAAGAAUGCCGGCCCCACCAAAAAGCGAGUCGAGCGAGACGACGAGUCUAUCUCUGGAAGCGACUCAGACAAUGACGAGAGCUACGAUAGCGCCUCGGUCGCGAGCGAUGUGGAAAUGGAAGACAUGGAGUCGGAAGAUGAGGAGGGCGAGACUGCUGCGGAACGGAGACGACGUCUAGCAGAGCGAUACCUCGAGAAUAUCAAGGAGCAGGUGGACGAAGUUGGUUUCGACGCCGCCGACAUUGACCGGGAUCUGAUCGCCGAGCGACUUCAAGAGGACGUAGCAGAGGGGAAGGGCCGAGUAUAUCGUCAAUUAGCCUCAGAGCUGGGCUUUGACGACGUCUCGCGCACCUUUUUCCGAAGCAACACUAAUACCGUUACCUCCAUCGCCGUAUGCGCCCCUUACAUUUACACAACCACCAAAGACCUAUACCUACAGAAAUGGAAGACCCAAGAUCUCCCUCAACAUCAAUACCCCCAGACAACACGACGAAAACCCAAGAAGCCCCCGGCGCCUCCAAAGAAGCAGCCAGUGCUGGAGUCUUGGAUUAGGGGAAAUACGAAGAAGUCGCAGGAUAAGGACUACCAACGUCACACCGGCCGCAUUCUCGCCGUCGCCGCAUCUCCUGACGGUAAAUUCGUAGCCACUGGUGGUGCAGACCGGAAGCUCAUCAUCUACGACGCACAUGCGCUCAAGCCCAUCAAGGUUUUCACACACCACCGAGACGCCGUCACCGGAUUGGUCUUUCGAAGAGGAACGAACCAGCUGUACUCAUGCUCCAAGGACCGCACAGUCAAGGUCUGGAGCUUGGACGAGAUGGCGUACGUUGAGACUCUCUUUGGUCACCAGGACGAAAUUCUUGACGUUGAUGCUCUUGCGCAAGAGCGCUGUGUUAGUGUUGGCGCGCGAGACCGUACUGCGCGUCUCUGGAAGGUCGCUGAAGAGACACAGCUCGUCUUUCGUGGUGGUGCCGUGGAUAAGAAGUCCCGACCAAGCGGUGUUCAACAACGAUCUCUCCUUCAUGAGGGCAGCAUGGACCGCGUCGCUAUGAUUGAUGAAGAUCUCUUUGUUACUGGUAGCGAUAACGGGGCCCUUGCCUUGUGGAGUGUGCAGAAGAAGAAGCCUGUGUACAUUGAGCCUAUUGCGCACGGCAUUGAUCCUGCUUUGGAUCCCACAGAGGCAUCCGCCGAAGUGAACCCAGGACCUGAGAUCGUGCCCCCUCCUACACCCCGUUGGAUCACCGCCAUCCGAACCAUUCCCUACUCCGACGUUAUUCUCACUGGCAGCUGGGAUGGCCACAUUCGAGUUUGGCAGCUCAGUGAGGACAAGCGCAAGAUUGAGUUCCGUGGUGUUCUUUCCAACCCCGGAGACGAAGAAAACCAAUCUACCGAGGACAAUGCCCUAGGCCCAGUGCAUGGCGUCGUCAACGACAUCGAUGUUUUUGAGCGUGGUGACAGAGGCAAAGACGGCCUCUGCGUGGUUGUGGCUGUUGGAAGUGAACACCGGUUAGGCAGAUGGGAUCCGCCAGCAAAGGCUGGACGCAACGGAGGGUUUGUUUUUGAGAUUCCAAGGAUACAACGGCCGGCGGUGAAUGGCACGAAAGAGAGCUCAGACGACGAGCAAGAGGAAUAA